AUGUCGCCCUCCGUGGCCUACCUUGCUCCGCAGCCAUUCAAGGAAUCGGAUGUUUCCCUGUACUCAAGACUAUCUUUCAGCUGGGCCAAUGAUCUGAUCUCCUUGGCCAACAUUCGCCAGCUCCAGCCUCUGGAUGUCUGGGAUCUCGACUCCUCCGACAAGACCGCCACACUGAUUGCUCGCUUCCGGUUGAUGAGUACCAAAACCGAGUCGACAACAUCUCGGCUGUUUCUGACGAUCUGGAAGCCGCUGGGCCUCCAAAUCGCGCUCACGCUCAUGGCCGUCAUCUUGACCUUCACCAACCCAUUCUUUCUGAAUCUGCUGCUGCGUUGGCUGCAGUGCCCUCACCAAGACAAUCGAGAGGCGUGGAUGUACCUGUUUGUGUGGUUUGGCUUCGGCGUCAUCAAGAGAAUAUGCGACACCCAGCUCUUCUUCAGCUCGCGGCGAACCGGCACACGGAUCAAGACGAUUUUGAUGCACCUCAUCUACCAAAAAUCCCUGCGACGACCGCUCUCCAGUCGCCCGGCCGAGAAGGACGGCGCGCCAAAGGAUGCCUCGCUUGGCAAGAUCGUUACCAUCAUGAGCAACGACACCGAGGCCGUUCGUGAGGUCGUGUGCUAUCUCUAUAUCGUUGCCGAGCUUCCUCUCAAGAUUGCAAUCUCUGCCUAUGCCUUGGUUCUCUUGGUGGGCAGUAUGUCGGCCUUUGUUGGUCUGAGCACACUGCUGAUCUGCAUCCCGCUGUCGUCCUGGAUCGGCCGCCGCAUGAACAAGUCGCAGCAGCGACUCUCGAGCUUCACCGACAGCCGCGUCAACAAGACCAACGAGAUGCUUCAGAUCAUCCGCAUCAUCAAGUAUUUUGCCUGGGAGAGCUACUUUGUCGAAAAAAUCAACCGUAUCCGUGAAGACGAGCUCCGGUGUCGCUUUCGCCUGUGGCUCAACUACAUGGCUCUUGGCACUCUGACACAGUCGACAGGAUUGAUCUGUGCCUUUGGCAUCUUUGCGACUUUCUCCCUCCUCGGCAACACUCUGGACGCUGCCACGGCAUUCACCACGUUGACUGUUUGCCAGCAGCUGACUUCCGACCUUUCCGCCGUCCCAUGGCAAGUGAUGCGCUUCACCAAGGGCGCCGUUGCCCUGGAUCGCAUCUAUGGCUUCCUUGGCGAGACAGAGAUCGAUGAGCAAGCCGAGCCGGUGAGCUUGGGACCCGACAACAAGUCCUUUCGCGCCUCCAAACAGGCAUCGUUCGUGCACUACGGCGGCCGCGACGAUUCAGUUGCUAAUCGCGAUAACGGCGAGGGCGACAGGUCCUCGCUUCAGUUUGUACUGCGUGGACUUACGCUGGAACUUCCCAUCGGCAAGCUCACUGCUGUCUGCGGCGCGACUGGCGCAGGAAAGACGUCCCUUGUGCUUUCUAUUCUCGGCGAAAUGAAGAUCAUUGCCGGAGAAGCCAGCUCGGUGCAUCGCGUUGACCAACUCGGUCGCGGCUUCGACAGGGUUGCUUACGCCUCUCAAACGGCGUGGCUCAUGAACGCCUCCAUCCGCGACAACAUUCUCUGCGGCGAAGAGUAUGACGAGCGGCGCUACAUCCAGGUGCUCGAAGCUUGCAGUCUGGUCAAAGAUCUUCAGAACUUUGAAGAAGGCGAUGCUACGGAGAUUGGCGAACGCGGCAUCAACCUCUCCGGUGGCCAGAAGCAGCGUGUCGCUCUGGCAAGAGCCUGCUACUCAACAGCCUCCCUUGUCAUUCUCGACGAUCCUCUCUCGGCCGUUGACGCACCCACUGCCCGACACCUGGUUCACUUCGCCAUAUGUGGGCUCUUGCAAGGGCGAACAUGCAUCUUGACGACCCACGCUAUCGGACUCGUCGUCCCACAAGCGGAUCAUCUCAUCGUUGUCAGCUUGGGCGAGAUUCACAGUCAGGGCCCCCCGCAGCAGGUCUUGGCCUCGGCCGAGGCGCGUUUGUUGCUCGGAGUCGAAGGAGAAGACAUCAAGGACGAAGGAGCGGAUAUUGAGCCCAAGCUUCCAGUCGACACCGAAUCUGUGCUGCGAUCCAAACCAAUACGACAGCUCAUCCAAGAAGAGAAGCGCGUUGUUGGUGCUGUGAGCAAGGCCGUCUACCACAGCUACUAUAAGGCCGUCGGUGGACUGCCGUUCUUGCUGUUGGCACUCACGCUCAUGCUCCUGGCGAUCGGCACGGGGUUCUUGAACUCGUGGUGGCUGAAGCACUGGACUGACAGCAGCGUGCCGUCAAGCCAGAUCGAGGGGCUUUGCAGCGCUGUCUCCAAUACUAGCGUAAUGGCCGCGUUUCCACUCAAGAUUCAAACGGAUGUAUCCGUGGAGAUAGAUAGUGCCAUCACCAGCAGCGACACAGCCGCGAUAAACUCGGUCUACUACUUUCUUGGCAUCUAUGCCUUGCUGGGCUCAAGUGUGAUCCUCGUCGAGUAUCUCAACUUGCUACUGGAGCUUGUUGGAUCGGUUCAAGCAUCGAAGCGGCUGCACACACAACUCCUCGAGUCUGUACUCGGAGCGCCGCUGCGUUUCUUUGAUACAACUCCGCUGGGACGGGUUCUCAACCGCUUCGCAAAGGAAAUGGCCGAUGCAGACAACGACGUCAUGGAAGCGAUCCACAAGUUCUGCAACUGGAUGUUCAAGGGUCUCUCGAUCCUGGUGAUUCUCUCCUCCAUCGCCCCGUCAUUCCUCCUGAUGGUCAUCCCUAUCGCGUGUGUGUACGUCUACAUGGCGCAGCGCUAUCUGAUAUGUUCCAGAGAUCUGAAACGCCUCGAGAGCACCUCGCGCAGCCCCAUCUUUUCCCAAUUCGCGGAAACACUCGACGGAAUCGCAACUAUCCGGGCCUACAGGCUUGAGGAUCGCCUGGUCACAAACAUAUGGGAGAUGUUCGACCAGAACAGUAGAUGCUACUUUUACUUCCGGACGCUGAGUCGCUGGCUCAGCCUGCGGUCCGACAUCAUCUCAGCGCUCUUUGUCUUUUGCACCGGCGCCGUCAUACUGAUGGACAAGAUCAGCACUGGCUGGGCCGGUCUGGGCCUGACGUAUGCGAUCGCGUUUACCGACACACUGCUGUGGACAAUCCGAUACCAUGCCGAGAUGGAGCGAGAGAUCACCAGCAUCGAGCGAAUCGACGAAUACGCCAACAUCGAGCAGGAGGAAUCGCGCGAUCAAACGGCAUAUGUGGUACCCGAUGCCUCAUGGCCGAGCCGGGGUGAGAUUGUGGCAGAAAAUCUGUCGGUCAAGUACAGCAACGAACUGCCGGAAGUACUCCACUCCCUUUCGUUCGACAUUCGACCUGGAGAAAAGAUUGGCGUGGUUGGUCAAACAGGCGCCGGCAAGUCGACUCUCACGCUGGCAUUUUUCCGCAUCAUACCCAUGUCGCAAGGACGGAUCAUCAUCGACGGAGUGGACGUCAGCAAGAUCCGUCUGUGUGAUCUGCGAUCGCACAUGACCAUCAUCCCACAGGACCCUGUUCUCUUUGCCGGAACUCUAAGGGCCAAUCUUGAUCCGCUGCAGCAACACGACGACGCAGGCAUAUGGAUGGCGUUGAAGCGAGUCCAUUUCGCCAACACACUGGGCGUGGCUCGAUCGACUGACUCGGUGUACUCAACAGAGACGCUGUUGAUUGAAGAGAGCGACGAUAGUGCCCCUGCCGAGCCUCUGGGCCUUGCCAAUCUCAGCCUGGAUACACAUGUGGCAGAAAACGGCUCCAACUUUUCGCAAGGACAGCGGCAGCUCCUAUGUCUGGCCAGAGCGCUACUCCGAACACCAAAGAUCCUCUUCCUAGACGAGGCCACCGCCAGCGUCGACAACCAGAUGGACAGCCAGAUUCAAACCACCAUACGCGAGGAGUUCAAAGACACGACCUUGGUCUGCAUUGCCCACCGGCUCAGAUCCGUGAUCGACUACGAUCGAAUCCUGGUCCUCGACAAAGGCGCCAUCGUGGAGUUUGACACACCCUGGAACCUGAUCAACCGCGAGUCGGGGGUGUUCCGGAGAAUGUGUGAGAACUCGUCCGAGUUCUCAGAGCUCCGACGCAUCGCUGGCGAAAAUCAAGCCAUGUGUUGA